CUCGGCUCCUCGCAGUUUCCUCUCCUUGUUUUGCUUUCGAUCUGGACUGUUCUCAAGCAAGCCGGGGAGUAACUUUUAGUUUUGCUCCUGCGAUUAUUCAACUGACGGGCUUUCAUUUCCAUUUUACACACCCUAACAACACUUACACCUUGCGGGAUUGUAUUGGUAGCGUGAAAAAAAGCACACUGAGAGGUUUCAGGAAUUGAACUGGGGUCAUCAGGCAUGGCAGUCAGGCACCAUGCCGGUGGAAAGAAUGCGAAUGCGCCCGUGGCUGGAGGAACAGAUAAAUUCAAACACGAUACCAGGGCUAAAGUGGCUGAACAAGGAGAAGAAGAUUUUCCAGAUCCCCUGGAUGCACGCAGCCAGACACGGGUGGGAUGUGGAGAAGGACGCGCCACUCUUCAGGAACUGGGCGAUCCACACAGGAAAGCAUCAACCAGGAGUAGAUAAACCUGAUCCAAAAACAUGGAAAGCAAAUUUUCGAUGUGCCAUGAAUUCCUUGCCUGAUAUCGAAGAGGUGAAAGACAGAAGUAUAAAGAAAGGAAACAAUGCCUUCAGAGUGUACCGGAUGUUGCCCUUAUCUGAACGACCUUCUAAGAAAGGAAAGAAACCAAAGACAGAAAAAGAAGAACGAGUUAAGCACAUCAAGCAAGAACCAGUUGAGUCAUCUUUGGGGCUUAGUAAUGGAGUAAGUGACCUUUCUCCUGAGUAUGCGGUCCUGACUUCAGCUAUAAAAAAUGAAGUGGAUAGUACGGUGAACAUCAUAGUUGUAGGACAGUCCCAUCUGGACAGCAACAUUGAAGAUCAAGAAAUUGUCACUAAUCCACCAGACAUCUGCCAAGUUGUGGAAGUGACCACAGAGAGUGAUGACCAGCCAGUCAGCAUGAGCGAGCUCUACCCUCUACAGAUUUCUCCUGUGUCUUCCUACGCAGAAAGUGAAACUACCGACAGUGUGCCUAGCGAUGAGGAGAGCGCCGAGGGGAGACCACACUGGCGGAAGAGGAACAUUGAAGGCAAGCAGUACCUGAGCAACAUGGGGACACGGAGCACCUACCUGCUACCCAGCAUGGCGACCUUUGUCACUUCCAGCAAACCAGAUCUGCAGGUCACCAUCAAAGAGGAGAGCUGUCCAAUGCCUUACAACAGCUCCUGGCCGCCAUUUACAGACCUCUCCCUCCCUGCUCCAGUGACCCCCACACCCAGCAGCAGUCGGCCCGACCGGGAGACCAGGGCCAGCGUCAUCAAGAAGACAUCUGAUAUCACCCAGGCGCGUGUCAAGAGCUGUUAAGCCUUUGACUCACUGGUGGUUGUUGGGAUUUCUUAGCUUUGUGUCGUUAUUUGUUUGUAUUUUAUUUUUCUCUCUGAUCCCUAUCUUAGACAAAUCCGAAGGGGAAAAGCCUUGACAAUAGAAUAUUGAUUGCUGUGUCCAACUCCAGGGCGGGAGCUUCUUUUUAACUCAGGACUCCAGCCCCUUGGUAGAUGUGUAUCUCUAGAACCUGCUGGAUCUCCCAGAGCUACUCCCUCAAGUUCAUGGACCAACAGCCACACGGGCAGUGGAGGUGCUGCGUUGCCUACGGUCAAGGCCAGCAUGGUGGAGUGGAUGCCUCAGAAUGGACGAGAAAAUGUGAACUAGCUGGAAUUUUUUAUUCUUGUGAAUAUGUACAUAGGGCAGUACUAGCCACGUUGCGGUCUGCUUCUGCACCUUAUCUUGAAGCACUUACAGUAGCCUUCUUGUGAUCUUGCUCUUCACAGCACACUCGGAGUCCCCUUCUGUGCCCAUUACCUCACUGCCCACGCCUCCCCCUCCCAUCCAGUCCCACCCACCCCACCUGUCCCGUUCCUUCUCCCCUCUUCUCUCCUCAAAGGCAAUGAUCCACAUCUUGGAGGAGGAGGAGGAGGAGGAGGA